GAAAAAUUGAGUGUGUACGUUACAUCUGGACUUCUGUCUAAAUCUUAGUGUUUUAUUCUUUGCGUUGUGUUGUUGCUAUUCCUUCAAUUGCAGAAUCGAUGAUAAUAAUUAUCGAACCACCUUCCAGUUAUGCAUUUUCGAUUUUCAGAUAAGUUAUGAAUCGUUUGGCUAUCCUACGUUACUCCAACUUUUCUUUAUAUGGACGAACUGGACAGCCGGUUAGAUAUCGUUAUGUUCCUGAUCCAGGCACACUUGAACAACGUCUGUUUAGAGCGGUCACGAGGCCUGUAUUGCCUCCUGUGAAUGUGAAUCCGGUAGAGAAGCGUCUACGUAUAAUGGAGGAAAAGCGUUUGCGUCUAGAAAAUAAUCCCUACCGUAAAUUUCUAGUCGACAGAGCGAAAGAGGAAUUUUUAAAAAGUCUGGAUGAUAAUAUGGUUUUAGUUUUUCAACGAUUAUAUCAUAAAGCUCGUGAAAUGGUUCCUGUAGCGAACAAGUUAUUUUUAAAGGGAAUGAGGUAUAAUGGAUUCCCACUGUCUAUUAUAAGGGAAGCUGCAAAAGGAACCCGGUAUGAAUUAUUCACGCGUUAUUUUCUCCAUUCUGAUGUUCCAAACACAUAUUUAUUUGCUCAGCCAACACCUGAAAAUUGUCGAGAUGCCAUAAAUAUUACUAAAAAGGUCCACUUUCUCCUGUUACUUGGUGGUAUGGUUAACAACAGAAUUAUGACUGUAAAACAAUUGAAUGAUUAUGCAGCUUUGUCAGUCAAGGGAUUAAAUGGUGUACGCAGUGAACUAGUCAUGUUAUUGGAGAAUAAUCGAGGUGGACAGGUUGUAGAAAACUUAAAUUAUCAUCAGUCAUUCAUCGUUGGCGGUUUGAAGAAUUUGUCUGAUAGUAUGGAAAGUAAUAAAGCGUCAAACUCUGAGGCAUAAAAUGCAAUUUUUCCCCCAUAUUAUUAAUGAUUUCUUGUAAAUAUCUUGAAUGUGUUUUUAGUAUUGUAAAUAAACAUUUUUUACUGCACUGAGUUAGUUCUUAAUUUUUCGCCUACAUUUUUAACCUUAUCCUGUGUAAGUUUCUCUCUCUCGCUGUCUCUCUCUCACACACACAUUCAUUAUUACUUUACCCAGCUAGUUUAUGAAAUUUAUAUUUUACAGAUGUCGUAUGUAUUCCCUAGAUAGCAGAAAAUGAGUUUGUAUGAGUAGGGCAUAUGCGUCGGUGGUAUAGUGGUUAGCACGCUCGCCAACCAUGCACAUGGUCCGGCCGACGCACUCCUUUACCUCGCUAAGCCAGUAAUAAAAGCUGGUAAAGAGAGAAGGUUAGGCAUGAGGCUAGCAACCCCAUCCUGUAAAAAUUAAAUACUGCUACAGAAACUUCAAGCCCUCUAGCUUGAAGCCCUAUGUUCCACUUGGAACGUGAAGGAAAAAAAUGAGUAGGGCAUACGUCAAUAAUAUGAUGUACAUUUUUGAUGGACUUGUUGUUAAUGUCCAGUUGCUAAGCUUAUGGUAUCUAAUGUAUUAUUUUCAUCCAAGUAGAGUAAUCUGUUUGAAGAAGGUUAAGAGUAGCCAGGCCAACUUGUGAAUAUGAUGUAAAAAAGGAACUGUUUAAUAAGAUAGAUGUAUUCACGUCUUCCUUGAAGUCCAGAAAAGUUUAAUUAAUAAAUAUUUCUUGUUUCCUUUUGUGUUUUGUUGACUUACUGAGUUCUGGGUGAUAAAUUUGAUCGUUUUCUGUUUGGAUUCUUUUCUAAUUUGAGGUGUGAUAACUUCAAACGCCAUAUAAUUAAGGAAUAUUUGGUUUUUACGAGUUGAUCACGGAUUGAUAUCAGUUAGAGAACCAUUGAAAACCAGGGAGCACUGGACAGUUGCUGUUUCAUCCUAGUCUGGGAAUCAUCGUCAGUACGCAUCCACUGCCAGGGUUCGAGCCCUGGCGAUGAUUUCCAAACUAGGAUGAAACAGCAACUGUCCAGUACUACCUGGUUUUCAAUGGUUCUCUAACUGAU